GUAAGUGGCUGCUUAUUAGGUUUCUUUCAUUCUGAGAAAUUCAUUCUCUUGUUCAGUUUGACAAGUACCGAGUUACGGUUAACGUUCUGUUUAGUGUCUCGCUGGUGAUGCUGUAUAGGGCGGGUUUUCUCAAACACAUUGAAUUACACUGUUGGGAGGACAAAUUUCAGAGUUUCCGAGCCAUAAAGUGAAACGAGCCGAUAAAUACACGACUCUUCUGAUUUGCAUGUCAUGCAUGGAUUGAAGCAUAAUCUGGGCUAGACACAAUGUAGGAGUGAUUAGAUAGGAAGCAGUUGAUUUAAUACCCCAUCUGAAAAAAUGGAUUUAUACUUUAAACUAGGAUUCCUAUGCUGUAUAUUAACAUUUGGUCUCGUGCAAUCUGACCAACAACAAAAACAUGAACUCGGAGAUUUAAGGAACAUACUUCAACAAUACUUAAACAUUCUGAAAAAAGGAAAUGGAGCUAACAAAGAUGCUAACCCGGUGAAUGAACGGACGGAAGGUGAAUCCGUCGGAAGUGAAUCUGGUGGGAAGGACAGUUACUUAAAUAAACCAAUAGAAAAGGAUGUUAACACAGAAGAAACUUUAAAGAAAGGAAUACAAGAACUCAAAGCCGCUCAAAAAUACAUUCAAGAAGAGAGAGAAAAGCUGGAACACGAGAAAGAUAAUAUUGGACUAGUUGCGCGUCUCCUAAUAGACAUACUUGAAGGUAAAGAUGGAGCUAGCUCUACUCCUCUUGAUGCGCAACGAAGGAGGCGCCCAUGCCCAGGAUGCCCCGGUCGAUGAUGUACCACGUGACAAUAGAUAAUCCUUACAAGUUUAACCAAUAUAUAAGGCUUAUAUCAUACGAUCAAGCUAUAAAUAUGCCCAUAUUGACAUAUAUACAUACAUUCAAUAUAUUGUACAUAUUGUGAAACAUCAUGUACAUUAUUGUACAUAGUAUGAGCUACAUUCAAGAUAGGAUAUAUCAUAAACAUAUAAAUUCCAAAAAUCUGAUUCCAAAGUGGAAAUUAAAAUUUUAUUUCGUUAAUUUUAAAACAUCGAAUUAAAACGGCGAUAAAGGGCGGAUCCACCGUAUGGCAAUUAUAUACUUUACUUGAUUAGGCUUUCGAAGUAUUUCAAAAUGUCAAUACGUGAAAAUAUGUGUUCUUUAGCAGUAUAAACAUACAGUAAAACCUGUCUUAUGAACACAAUUCUCAAGUGAACUCUAGUGGAUACCCUUCCUCUGCACAUACUCUAACGUCUGUAUAAACUACCCUCUCUGUACGUGAUUACCUAUGAUCACCUAUCUUCAGUGGAAACAUAUUUGUGGCUCGGGUUUUACUGUACACACGAAUGGUGCGAUGACUGAGUCAGGGUACGUGAAAAUAUGACCAGGUUACAAACAUAGGACAAAUACAUCUAUUAAAUGUAAAUAAUAAAAUUGUAUACUUUACAACUAAUAAAAUACUUUUAUACAAAUUAAUUGUAUUUUAAUUCAAGGUGCAUUACAUUA